GGGAGCAGGCGAAGCCGGAUCCCUCCGAGAGCUCCGUCCAGCCUCUUCCUCCGGCGGUACCAGUAAACCCUCGCCCGCCUUCCUCACGUCGCCAUGGCCGGCGGCGGCGACCACCCGGGCGCCAAAAAGCGGAAGCGCGUGGCGGCGGGGAGGCCCGAGGGGCCGUCCAAGCGGGCCAAGGGGAAGAAGCCCUACGAAGCCCCCGCGGCGCGCGGCGGCGGCGGGUCCAAGGAGGAGCCGCAGCCCGUCACCGCCAUGGACGAGCGGGUCGCAGCCGAGGAAAUGUCCGAGUCGACGAAGCUCGAUAACAACCUCGUGAAGGAACUCACAAUGCUAUGUGUAAAGAUGAAAUACCAUAACACGACAACGAUCAGGAGAUGCAGGCUAGUUACCGAGGCUCUCCGUAAAAUGGAUGGGAAAUAUUUAGAAAUUGCUAGAUCCCCUACCGCAUGUGUUCUUCAAGCGACGCGGCCUCAGAAAAUAGCCAGUCUUUUGGUAUUGUACUCCACUGAGCUUCAGCUGUCCAAUGACCUGAAAGAAGAAAAACCAUGCAGGUUCAGUUUGUUAAACAUAAUUUCCAAGCUUGGACUACAGAAAUCAUCUGUCCUGCAGUAUAUGACUACUGUUAUCCAGCCAGUUCUGGAAAAGGGUAUUGUUGAGUAUUCCAUAGUACACACGGUCAUAUUGGAGUACUUAACAAUUGCAGAUAAGACAUCAGCCUUGGACGUGAUUCGUCAAUUAAUCCCCCAUCUUACUCAACGGACAUACGCCGUAGAUGAACUAUCAGGUGUCGCCAGAUUACUAGGGAAAUCAGAAGUGGAGAAGAAAAGAUCUUCAAAACCACUUCUCAUUCAGAUCAUGCAGAUGAAGGAAGGAUUAAAAUUAGGGCUUGCUUGCCUCAAGCAUGGCCUUGCGGAGGAUAGGAAGAUGAUUAUCAAAAGCUUGAAGGGGAGGAUUAUGAAGCUUGCUCUCAGUGAUUAUAGAUGCCUUUUCGUUAUUUGUCUUCUCUCCAUUGUUGACAACACAGAACUUGUUACUGAGGUUGUAAUUGAUGAGUUGAAAAAGCAGUUAAAGGAACUCAUAUUUGACAAGAACGGGAGACACCCAUUGCUGCAGCUAUUUCACCCACUUUGUUCACGUUAUCUGACGCUGGGUGAAUUGUUUUAUCUGAACUACAACGUGCCUUCCCUUGUUUCAAAGGUUAACUUUGGUAGUAAGUUGGAUGAUGUAGCUGACAAAGAACAUGGGGGUUCAGAAGACACACUGAUUGCAUCUGAUAGCAAGGAAGACCUGAUUAAACGGCGGCAAGAACUGUUGGUGAAAAGCGAGCUUUAUGAGGUUCUCAUCGAGACUUGCAUUGAAAAUGUUGGACAGUUACUUCGAACAAACUUUGGCAAAGAUGUACUAUAUGAGGUUGCUGUAGGUGGAAAAAAUAACUUCUUGGAGGGGGUCACUGACAGGAUCCACGUACUUCACAAUGCUAUAGCUUGUGACGCAGCGCGCCUGAGGACAGAUGACGGUGAUGAGCACGCCUUUGAUAACCACCACUCCAGCCGCAUAAUCAGAAGAAUGAUACUUGAUUGUCCUGCAUUUGCUGCUACCCUCUGGGAAAAAGCCCUUGAAGGGAAAUGCAAGUUAUAUGCAGAUGGAUUCAGCUCCAUGGUGCUGGCUGCCUAUCUGGAAUCUCCAGAUUCCAUGGUGAAGGAUCUUGCGAAAUCCGAGUUGCAACCGCUCAUCGACGGUGGCAUACUGAAGCCUCAGGAACAUAAAGCAGAGGAGGAGAAGUCUGCCAUGGAGUGUAGUUCCGACGAGUCAUCAUCAGAGCUAAGCGAUACAGAUACUGGCUACCAUGCCAAAAAAGCAUACAAGGAUUUGAAGUCUGGCAAGCUUGUGGCGAGGUUUGGCACCGACAGGUUUAGAUGCCCGUUCUGCCCCGAGAAGAAGAAGCUGGACUACCGUUACCGUGAGCUGAUUCAGCAUGUCAUUGUCGUGGGUGCAUCCAGGCGUCCUUGGAAGGUGAGGGCAAACCACCGGGCCCUGGCUAAACAUCUCGAGACGGACCAUGCUGAUGCACCAGGCUCAUCCAAAAUGCCUCUACGACAAGCUGAGGCACUGUACCUCUCUAAAAUAAAGAGCAGUCAAGCUGGGCCAAGAUCUACCUGCAAACCAAGCAGAUAAGCUGCCGCCUACCUUUGCCCCCCCCCCUACUCCUCUCUCUCUCACUCUCCAUACAACUUGCUCUGAUUCUGAAUCUGUUGGUUUUGCCAUGGACGAAUUGUCAAGCUCUGGUGUCUGCACAAUUUUUUUCUCCCCCUUUGGGCAUUGAUGCACACAUGAAUGGUGAUGCUGCGAUUUAUUACAUGCUUAUACUGGUUAAUCAUAAAAAUAAAGGGUUUCUUUCUUUGGUGUUCAUCACAUGUGGUGCGCAAUGUGGAGAUGGAAUGUAAUUAUGCCAACAAGGGAGUAACCUUUGAGAUCAAUGUGAAUAACAGUAUGUGGUCUAUCUAUUGUGUAAAACUUGAGGCACUUCGAAAUGAGAAUUU